AUGACAGCCAAUCAUUGGUUCAAUUUUUCUUUCUCUUUUUAAACAUUUGGAAAUGACAGAAAAUAACAAAGAUCAAGAAACAACAGCAGCAAUAACAACGACAACGACCAUAGUCCCUAAACCUCUAACAGAUGCCAACUGGUCUGCAUUAGAUUCAUUUCAAAUACAAGACGACAAUGACUUUGAAGAAGCACUGAUACCACCAGAAAACUUCAACAUGGUCUGUGAACACAUUUAUCGCUCAUCAUUUCCAAAAAAGAAGCAUUAUAAAUUCUUGGAAAAGUUAAAACUAAAAAGUGUCUUAACACUCAUUCUAGAAGAAUACCCAGAACAAAAUAUGAAAUUUUUACAAGAACAUAAUAUCAAAUUUCUACAGUUUGGCAUUGCAGGCAACAAGGAACCAUUUGUACAAAUACCUGAAGAUAAAAUAAGCGCAGCAUUAGCAGCCCUAUUAGAUAAAAGAAACCACCCGAUUCUUAUACAUUGCAAUAAGGGAAAGCAUCGUACUGGUUGCCUAGUAGGUUGUUUACGAAAACUACAAAAUUGGAGCCAUACAUCAAUAUUUGAUGAAUAUAGAAGAUUCUCUCACCCAAAAUCAAGAUCAAUGGACCAGCAAUUCAUUGAACUAUAUGAUCCAAAUCAAGUAUGGCCACUCGUUGAUAGACGUUAUUUACCCAAUUGGCCUACUCUUGCUGAUCCCUUUGAUUGAUAAAGCGUCUAGAAAGUUUUUUUUUUCUCUUUCUCUUUCAUCAAUGAGUUUUGUAUAAUAAAUGAAUUAUCAUAUCCUUGAGAUUACAUCUAGAUCUGCUUCAUCUAAUUUUAUAAAAGCUAAUUAAACGCAGAUUCAUCUUCUAAACGAUUGUACUUCUUCUUCUCUUUAGUAUGUAUGUAUUUAUUCUAAUUUAAAACGAUU